GGUGCUUAACGAUGAAGAAUUUCCUCACGUUCUGGAGGUGUCCCGUUUUCCGGCCGAAUUCAAAACACAGGAUCUAAUGAUGCUGUUCUCGCAGUACAAGGAGACAGGUUUUGACAUCAAAUGGGUCGAUGAUACUCAUGCUCUGGCUGUGUUCAGUAGUUCAAAAAUAGCUGCUGAAGUUCUUUCUGCUGGUCACGCGUUCGUGCAGGUGAAACCGUUAGCCGAGGCGACAUCCGAAUCACGAUCAAAAGCGCGUAAAUGUGCCAGCUCAUUGCAACCGUACCGUGCACGACCGGUAACAUGUGCAGCCCUUGCUCGACGUAUGGUUACCACCGCUCUUGGCGUUAGACUGAAGACGGCACCCGAAGAACGGGAAAACGAACGGCGUGUCCUUCGUGAAGCCAAAGAGCGAAAACUCCUUGCUGCCAAGCAACGCGAUGAAGUGUGGGAUAGCUAAUAAACCGGAUAGCUAAAUAAACGCCAAGUGUAGGAGCAUGUACGCGAUAGGUUGCCAUAUCUGACUGCGCACCACUUCAUACCUGCAUAAGUCAUAACAGUUAAGUGCAAGAGAAGCAGUCGCAUUUUUCACUUCCCUUAACAUGGAAUGAGCAGUACAAUUAAAGGAAGAACCUAUGCGGAGAGUUUUGGAUCGCUAGUUUCUGUUUUUUGUUUCGCAAUAAUUGUGUUUCGAAAAUGAUGAAUGUUGAGGCAAAAAACGAGGAAUAUUGUAAAGAGCAAGAGAAAGAGAGUAUAUGAAAAUGUCGCGAGAGGAUGUGUUUUAGAAUAAUUAGUAAAGUAGUAGCAUUAGGAAGGAAGAAUAUAUAUACAUUAUAAUUAUAUAUAUAUAUCUAUAUACACUGAAAUAUUAAUGUUAUAUAUACACGGCGUACGGAAAGUAUCGCGGGUGUAGCGAAUUUGUAUGCCAGUAUGUUUCCUACUUUUAUUUACAAAAUACAGCUCAGAAGUUGUAAAACUUAUUUCUAAUAAAGAAAUUGUGUGCAAAAAUGAAA